GUUAUACUAUGAUAUGACGGAAAUGUUGGUUUAGUCUUUAGUUCUCAUGCGUCAGACACAACUUUGAGAAGCGAAUCGCUCACUCUUGAUCCGAUUUCACCACCGUCGGAUCUUUCUUCAGCCACCGUCUAUAGCACUUCGUUGCCGUCGUCGGCGCCGGUUUGUGCAUUGCCGAAUUGAAUAUUGUGAUUUUCUGAUGCAACUCUUAAAUUAGGAAGGUGAAUUUCUGAUUAGAGUUGUGCUUGUUCGAGGCGCAGGAAUUCUGAAUGUUAAUGGAAUUGUGAACUGAUGUUGAGUGGAAGAGCUAUCCAAUAACAUGUCAUGAACUACAUAUUCUUCUGUAAUCGAAGGUUAAGCUAGCUUAAACGUACAAGGAUGUUUUCUCUGUUUUAUGGACUAUGGAAGUACCUGUUCAGCAAGAUGGAGCUUCAUGUACUCAUUCUGGGGAUUGACAAAGCUGGCAAAACGACUUUGCUCGAGAAGAUGAAGUCAAUGUACUCAAAUAUAGAAGGCAUUCCUCCUGAUCGAAUUAUUCCAACUGUGGGAUUGAAUAUUGGUCGCAUCGAAGUGGCAAAUAGUAAACUUGUGUUCUGGGACCUUGGAGGUCAGCCUGGUCUUCGCUCAAUCUGGGAGAAAUAUUAUGAAGAGGCACAUGCUGUAAUAUUUGUUAUUGAUGCUUCUUGUCCCUCACGCUUUGAAGAUGCAAAGUCAGCACUUGAAAAGGUGCUUCGGCAUGAGGAUCUACAAGGAGCCCCUCUUUUGAUAUUAGCAAACAAGCAGGAUCUUCCGGAAGCAGUAUCAUCUGAAGAGCUUGACCGAUAUCUGGAUUUAAAGAAGCUGGAUGAAAGAGUUUACAUGUUUGAAGCUGUGUCAGCAUACGAUGGGAUGGGGAUUAGGGAAGGUGCAGAGUGGUUGGUGGAAGUGAUGGAGAGAAGCAAGAGGACUGAAAUGUUAAGAGCGAGGGCAGGUGCAAUGGGGCAAGGUUCCUAGAAGGGUCUUACGUUAAGCUGAAGUGAUUUCUCUAUUCCUUUAUAUAGCUUUGUAAAUCCAAAUUGGAUUAUACAUGAUUAAAAGUGAUUGAGCAGAAAAAGGUAAAAGAAUAACUUGAUGUUACAUCAAACUGAGCCUUGAAAUUUGACGUCAUGGUUUAAUUUGUAGUACAGCCGUUUGAUAUGAGAAGCUCAGUUUCCAGUAUCUCUUAGAGCAAUUUUUCUUCUGACAUGCUUUAUAUAAGCAAUCGGUCAAGGGGCGCCCUGGAGGGUUUUCUGCUUCUGCCUCCGUGCGUACUUUUUGUCUACUCUAUAUUGUAAUUUUGUACGGUUCGAAUUUGAAUGAAUUUAAUUUACUUAUA